AUGCCUCCCGCCGUCACGUGCCCGCCGCCGCACAGCCCGCCGGGACUUGCAGUCCGCCCUUUUCUAGCGAGCGCGCCCUCCCCGGACGGACGCAGGCGCAGAGCGGGACGGGAGUGGAGGGGGCCAGGCGGAUCCGGGAUGGCGGCGGCGGCGGCGGCGGGGGGCGCCUACAGCCUGGGCCUGGCCAACGAGCGGCUGCGGCUGCUGGAGGAGCUGGAGCGCGAGAUCGGGGCGGCGCUGCAGAGCGCAGGCACGGUGAUCCUGGAGCUGUCCAAGGAGAAGCCCAGCGAGCGGCUGCUGGACCGGCAGGCGGCGCAGUUCGGGGCCUCGGUGCAGAAGGUGGAGGCGGAGCUCUCGGGCCAGAUCCGCUACCUGACGCAGGUGGCCACCCGGCAGCCGCACGAGGGCUCCAGCUACGCGGCGCGCAAGGACUGCCAGAUGGCCCUCAAGCGCGUGGACUUGGCCCGCCUCAGGCUGGGGGAGCUGGCGCGCGCCUGCGAGCAGAUGCUGGAGCAGUAGCCGGAGCGGGCGCUUUCCUGACUGAGCGUGCCGAAAGCCCGGGCAGACCGGCUGCUUCCGUGCCCGGAGCAUGCUGCGGAGAGGUGGCGCUUCCCAAAAGUUGCUGCCGUGGAGGACGUUCUGGGGUGGGCAGAGCUGGCAAAUGG